UCCGGGAGUUUCACCAAUGUGAGAAGGCUUUACUGUUAUUGACAUUAUUUUAACGUUAAGUUGUUACAGCUGAGUAAAAUGUUCUUUUUGAUUAGAAUGUAGUGGUGUGAAUAUAUAUAAUUCAAAAGUUUGGAGUUUACUAUUCUCAAAAUGAAGUCCAUAACAGAAGUACAUGUAACUGAUGUGGAAAAACGACGGAUCCCUAGUAAACAUUAUGUUUAUGUAAUGAGAGUUAGUUGGUCUGAUGGUGGAACAUAUAUUAUAUAUAGACGUUAUAGUAGAUUAUUUGACUUACAGAGUGCUUUAUUAGAUAAAUUUCCUAUAGAAGCUGGUUCAGUAGAUCCAGAAGCUAGAAUUAUACCUUUCAUACCAGGUAAAAUUAUAUUUGGACGAAGUCAUAUUCGUGAUGUAGCUGUGAAAAGAUUAGGACCAAUUGAUGAAUAUUGUAAAGGUAUUAUAAAACUACCAGCUAAAAUAUCACAAUGUGAUGAAGUAUUAGAAUUUUUUGAAGUAGACCGAGAUGAUUUAGAUCCACCCAGACUUGAAGAAAAAAGUAAAAAUGUGGGAAAGGAAGCUGAGAAAAUUUCUCAACCAAAGAGUUUGAAACAGUAUACUGUGACGUCUGAUUAUGAGAAACAGGAUCGCGGCGAAAUUGAUUUAACGUCGGGGAUGUUGGUUGAGGUGGUGGAAAAAAGUGAAACAGGUUGGUGGUUUGUUAACAGUGAAGAUGCUCAGGGUUGGGUACCUAGUACAUAUCUACAACCAGCUGAUGGUACUACAGAAACUAUUUCUAUUAAAGUUACUCCUGGACAAGAAGAGAAAUAUAUUUGUAUAGAGAAGUUUGAGUCUGGUGGAGAUGAUGAGAUAAGUUUAGAGAAGGGAUCAGUUGUUGAAGUUUUAGAGAAAAAUCUCGAAGGCUGGUGGUUUAUAAGGCAUAACGGUAAUGAAGGUUUUGCACCGGCAACUUAUCUAAUGAAAACUGAAGAUGAAUUUGUGAAAAGUUUGGCACAUCGAAAAUCAACAGAUGUACAAAUAAUACAAAAUCUUGCAGACAUUAGUAAUAUAAUGAAGAAUAAAGAUGCAUCUGAUGAUGAUACUGAUGAUGUUACUGAGAAAUCUACUGGUCCUGCAGGAGAUACUUAUACCAAGAUACAACAUAGAAGUCGUUCUUUAGAACGUGGUGGCAAUAUUAAACCACCACCAAGACAGAAUAGUAGAAUUAGUAUAAAAGGGGCAACAAGUUUAGUAUCUAAAAGUAGUCAUUAUGUAACAAUAGCAGAAUUUGAAGAUACAGUUGGUGAUGGUAUCAGUUUUAAAGAAGGACAAGUAGUUGAAGUAAAAGAGAAGAAUGAAAGUGGUUGGUGGUUUGUUACAAUAGAUAAUAAAGAAGGUUGGGUUCCAUCUUCCUAUAUACAAUCACAAUCAAAUACAGAUAGUGGUAUUCAUGAAGAAGUCUAUUCAACAAUAGAGGAUGAAGCUGUGUUUAAUGAUGAUUGGUCAGAUGAUGAGGAAUUUGACCAGUCAGAUGAUGGAGUGGAAAUGAGAAAGUCAUCAAAAAAGAAACGAAAUAAUUUAGCUGAAAGUUUAAUGAAUCAAUUACGGAAACGUAAGAGUAGCACAGAUACAGAUGUUAAGUCUGUAUCUAACAGCGAAAACAAUCAAUCAAACAUCAGUUCACAAGUCCCUCCCACAGCACCUCCGAAACCUGGCAGAGAAAACAUGGGUGUGAAACCAAAUGGGUUUAAUGCAUUGCUAGAAUCUGGUCAAGGACUGGCUAAUAUUUUAAAAAGUAAAUUUGAAAGUCGGGGUACAUCACAAAAUGAACCCGAAGAUUUAAAUUCCAGAAACAGUGAUACUAAAACUACACCACCAAUCAAACCAAUCUUUCCUCCUAAAAAUUCAUCAUCAGAUAUCAAACCAGUUUUACCCAGCAGAUUUCUGAAACCAGACGUACGUUCCUCACAUUCAGAUGGGUUGAAAGUUAUUUCAUUAAAUGGUGAUAAGCCCAAACCGCCGACUUUAUCCAAACCCAGUCCUCCUACGAAACCUGGCCUGAAGCCAACACCUCCCAGCAGUAAACCAGCCUUACCUUCAAACAAACCAACUAUAUCAGCAAAACCAUCCAUACCAGCUAAACCCAGCCUUGCAAAACCCAAUAUUUCUCAGAAACCAGCGUUACCAGCCAAGCAACCAGUAGUGUCCAACUCAGGAGCAAACAAUUUCAGAGAAAAUAAAACUGGACCUCCUAAAUUGCCAUCAAAACUGCUUUCUUCAAAAGCUUCUGAUGAUAAUAAUAACCAUGAUAAAAAACGUGAUUCUGAGGUUGGGGCAUCUGUACAAGGCUUAGCUGCAGCCCUCCAAUCAAAAUUUGAAAAUAAAAGUAGUAGUCCCCCUAAAUUACCUAGUAAACCGAAUAUCCCAGUUAAAAAGUCCAACGAACCAAAUCGGACUUCCAGAGGAACAACGGAACCAGAUUUACCGAAGGCAAAUGUUGGCAAUCUAGUGAAUGCAUUAAGUGGAAAAUUGAACUUCGGUGGUAACCGCUUAUCAAGUAAUGUUUCCGAUGAGGAUAGUACCAUUCCUAAAAGUAGAUCCUGCAAUAAUCUGUUAAGUAGUCAUAGUAACGGCAACUCGAAUAAUACAAUGAUUAAAAGUCAAAGUAACACCAAUUUAAGUGAUAGUCAUAAUAACAUUUCUAAAAAUAAUGAUAUAUUUGUGGUUGAACAGCCCUUUCAGGGUGAAACAAAAGAAGAAAUCAGCAUUUAUCAAGGUGAUGAGGUGAAAGUCAUUGAACAGACGGACAGUGGUUGGUGGCUUGUAUCUUUAAAUGGCCGACAAGGGUGGGUUCCAUCAGCUUAUCUUGUUGAAAAACGGAAAAAGGUUUCAAUCCCACCUGUUCCUCCUCACGGUAGAAUAAGUUCAAGUGGACAAGACCAAAGGGUCUCGUACCCAAAGAAAACUGUAUAUAAAACUUGUGCUUUGUUUACAGCAGAAAAUACUGGGGAAUUGGGUUUUGAUGAAGGAGAAAUUGUCGAUGAAGUAAUUGAUAAAACAGAUGCUGAUUGGUGGUUGAUCAGAAUAGGGAAUGAAGAAGGGUGGGCACCUCAGGCUUUUCUAGAAAAGGUAGAAAUUGAAGACAAGCGAGCAUCUUUUGGUGGUAGUAAACCUGCAACUCCAAAAGUCAAACCAAAUUUUAAACAAAUAACAAAUGUGAGAUAACGGAAUUCAGAAUCAAUCCCAACAACAUUUUAAUUUAUGGGUAAAAGUUCUCAUCUAUCUUAUCCUUCCAAAUUAUUAUUAUGAUUGAUUACUAUAUAAUCCUUAUAUAAUAUUAUUUUAUCAAAAUUAGGUGUGAUAUUUUCUCAUUUUUAAAAGUACAUGUAUUUUGUUUUUCAUAACUUGAUAAAACUUCUUUUAAACUACAUUAUUGCACUUGUGUUAAUAUUAAUAUUCCUCUAAACUUCCUUAUGAAAAAUAUUAUAAAUACAUUGAUAAGUUGUCUUUUAAUCAAAAGCUUCUUAUUCAGCUAUAUAUUAUGUAAAUGCAACAUAUUAUGCAUUUAGUCAGGUAUAAAACUAUGUAAAAUUGUCUUAUUUGAAAACUGUGUGCUAGUCAUAGAUGGUUCGGUUUCAUUAUUGUUAAACAUUAAUAAUUCAUCCUCUUCAUUUCUAUUGACUUUUUGCAUUAAUGUUAUAGACACAGCUCUAUAAAGCCUUGUACAUUUUUUCUAUCAUGGAUAUAAUUAUUUUAAUAACUAUUUAUAUGGUCCUGUUACCUAUAUUAUAUACUGUAUAUAUGCUGAUCAUUUCUUAUCGUAUAUUGUGUAUAUAAAAUCUAGUAUUUUUACUAUCAUUUGUUUUAUCUGUUACUUAUUGUUUAUUUAUAAUACUUGUUAUUACUACAAUAUAUGUAAAUAAACUCUUGCCUUAAA